AUGGGGGGUCUGGAGGGGAACCUGCCACCAGACGUCCACAUCGUGGGCUUUGGCAGGACCGUAAAUGUGUUCUCCUCCAAGCAGCGCCCCAAGGAGCUCACCAUCUACGGCUCCGACUUCAAGACGUACAGGUGGAUAGUGAAGGGCGGCGAGGAUGUGCGCACGGAUGAGCGGAUGGAGCAGAUCCUGGACGUGUGCAAUGGCCUCUUGGCGCGCCACCCGGGCGCAGCUGCCCACCAGCUGCAGGCAUUCACGUAUUGGAACAUUGACGUGCAGGUGCGCACUUACGAUGUGGUGCCCAUCAGCAGCAGCCUGGGCAUUGUGGAGUUUGUGCCUGGCACCCAGCCGCUUAAGGAGAGCAUCUGCACCUUCCUCAGCGACGAGGUGAUCAGCAGGGCGUGGGAGAAGCACAGCGGGGCCAUAUGGGCGAUGGCGAAGCGGCCAGCGCCGCGAGCUGGAGAGGCGGCGCAGCCCGGCGUGGCCGAGUACCUGGCCAGCUUCCACGCGGACGCUGCCGACGCGGCCGCACGCCUGCAGGCCACCGAGUCUGACAUCCGCUGGGACGCCCUCCGGGAGGCGCUGCUACGCAAUGCGGGCGGCCCGGAGGAGUUUCUGGCGAUGCGCGCCAAUUUUGCGGCCAGCCUGGCGGCGGUGUCAGUGACGGGGUACAUCACGGGGGCGGGCGACCGCCACACCGAGAACUUCCUGCUGCACCGCGCCUCCGGCACCCUCGUGCCCAUCGACUUCGGGUACUCAUUUGGCACGGGCGCGCAGAUGCUGCCCAUCCCGGAGCUGAUGCCGUUCCGGCUGACGCGGCAGAUGCGCGGAGCGCUGCAGCCGCACGACGCGCGCGAACUUCUGCGCGCGCCCCUCGCGCUCGGCCUCGUCGCCCUGCGCUCCGGCUCCGGCGUGCUCGAGGGCAUUCUGGGCGUGUUCCUGCGGGAGCCGCUGGCGGACUGGCAGAGGGAGGCGCGGCUGCUGCGGGCCAGCUUCCGCGCGCGAGGUGGUGAGCCACCACCCGACGAAGACACCCACAAUGCUUGGCACAAACUCGAGGGCAGGCAUCCCUCCGCCAUCCUCAUUGCCGAGCUGACACCCAAGCACUCCGCCACCAAGCACUGGGCUGCGCUCCAGGUACCCACUCUCUCAGCUGGAGGGAACGGCGGCGGGACAGUGCUGACCCCUGAGGAGCAGGCAGACUGCCUUCUGGACCAGGCGACAGAUGGCAGCAUCCUGGGCCGCACCUGGGUCGGCUGGCGCUCGUGGCUGUAA